AUGAAUGGAAUUCUCCUUCAAGCCUCUUUCAGUUUCAGGAAGAAACUUUCUCAAUAUAUCUUACAGACACAUUCAUCACACUCUAAGCCCUUCUUCUCUUCUCCCAACCUCACGCGAACAUCGCAGGAAACCAAGAAGCUACACAACGCUCUUAGAGUUCUCGACCUCAUCACCCCAAAGCCAGCCCUCACUGCGCGUCACCGCCAAGGCCAUCUUCGGCUCAUUCAGGACUUUCUACAGUCAGAUUCCGAACACUUUAGCAAUGCCUCUGCUUUCUCUGAUUCAAAUUCGCCAAUAAAAAUCUCAACUUUGUUGGAUGAACUGUUUGAUUUUAGCUCUGUUGAUUCUCCAUCAUGCGCAGAAAGGUUUCCGAUUGAUGCAAGCGUUUUGUCACAUGCCAUAAGCUCAUGUGGGUCUUCUCGUAAUCUCCAUGGUGGGAUUCCGUAUCACUGUGCAGCAAUAAGAAGUGGGCUUGUGGCCAAUGUUUAUAUUGGAAGCUCUUUGGUGAGCUUUUAUGGUAGAUGCAACGAGUUACAGAAUGCCUAUCGGGUUUUUGAGGAAAUGCCUGUGAGAAAUGUGGUGUCAUGGACAGCCAUUAUUUCAGGGUUUGCACAAGAGUGGCAGGUUGAUGCGUGCUUGCAGCUUUUCAGUGAGAUGAGACAUUCUUCAAAACCCAAUGAUUUUACGUAUGCAAGUAUUCUGAGUGCUUGCACAGGCAGUGGAGCUCUUGGGCAUGGAAGAAGUGCUCAUUGCCAAACCAUUCGGAUGGGCUUCGAUUUGUACAUUCACAUUGCUAAUGCUCUUAUCUCAAUGUACUGCAAAUGUGGGGAUGUUAAAGAUGCGCUUUACAUAUUCAAAAAUUUGGAUGGCAAAGAUAAUGUAUCUUGGAACUCCAUGAUUGCAGGGUAUGCACAGCAUGGCCUUGCGUCACAGGCUAUUGAUCUUUUUGAAGAAAUGAAGCAGCAAUGUGUAGAACCUGAUGCCAUUACUUUACUAGGCGUGCUCUCUUCAUGUCGUCAUGCUGGUCUCGUUCAAGAAGGCCGGCGUUACUUCAAUUCAAUGAUCAAAGAACAUGGUAUUCAGCCAGAACUAGAUCAUUAUUCAUGUGUUGUUGAUCUUCUUGGCCGGGCUGGUUUAUUGGAAGAGGCUCAAUGUUUCAUUGAAAAGAUGCCUAUUCGUCCCAAUGCCAUUAUCUGGGGCUCACUGCUUUCUUCCUGUAGGGUUCAUGGGAGUGUGUGGAUCGGCAUUGAGGCUUCAAAGAGCAGGCUAUUGCUGGAGCCAGAGUGCGCUUCUACCCAUGUACAAUUAGCAAACCUGUAUGCUAGUGUGGGAUGUUGGGAUGAUGCAGCAAGAGUUCGGAAGUUGAUGAAAGACAAAGGGAUUAAAACAAGUCCUGGGUUUAGCUGGAUUGAGAUUAGUAAUGAAGUUCACAGGUUUAGAGCAGAAGACUGUUCAAACCCCAAAAUGAUUGAAAUUAUUGCUGUCUUGGAUAGUUUGGUAGACCACAAUAAGACUUUACGCUAUGAGCCUGAAAUGCAAGAGGAAGAGGUUGAUGAUGCUUUAUAUAUAUAA